AUCGGCGGAGGGAUAGAUAGCUGUGAGAGAGAGCAGUGCAGGCAGAGGACUACCAGUACUAUCCGCUGCGGACAGAAAGUGGAGGGCGAAAACUCUCGGAACGACAGCUUGCCGUAUGCCAAUGUGCAAAAAUAUACAGUUUCGGUAGAGGCCAAGGGAUCGAGAAUCAGUCGCAGAAGAUUCGAGCUUCGGUCAUCGGAAAGAGGAGUGUAUAAAGAUGUCGUCUCCAAGUCCGGGCAAAAGACGAAUGGACACCGACGUGGUGAAACUCAUCGAGAGUAAACAUGAAGUCACAAUCCUGAGUGGACUCAAUGAAUUUGUAGUGAAGUUUUAUGGACCACAAGGAACACCAUAUGAAGGGGGCGUAUGGAAGGUGCGAGUAGAUCUUCCAGACAAAUACCCCUUCAAAUCUCCCUCUAUAGGAUUUAUGAAUAAGAUUUUUCAUCCAAACAUCGACGAAGCGUCAGGGACCGUGUGUUUAGAUGUGAUCAACCAGACAUGGACCGCUCUUUAUGAUCUCACCAAUAUCUUCGAGUCGUUUUUGCCACAGUUGCUGGCCUACCCGAACCCCAUCGACCCUCUGAACGGGGACGCCGCAGCCAUGUACCUACACCGGCCAGAGGACUACAAACAGAAAAUCAAAGAAUACAUCCAGAAAUAUGCAACAGAGGAGGCUCUGAAGGAGCAGGAGGAAGGAGCGGGCGACUCCUCUUCAGAAAGCUCCAUGUCCGACUUUUCAGAGGACGAAGCUCAGGACAUGGAGUUGUAGUUAAGGGUGACAGUUUCUCCCCUUUACCACAGAGACUAUAUUAUUUCCUAACCAUGCGAAGCAGACUAUAAAAGAUUCAUAUUUAAACAAGGUGAUUUUUUUUUUUUUUUUUUGAUUUUUUUUAUCGUUAUUAUUACUAAACCAGGAUUUUUAUGGAUAUCUAGCGUUGAUGAUGAAUACGGCACCCUCUCUAGGUGUUCUAUCUCUACUUCUUGGUGGUUGUUUUUUUCCCCCUUUUUUCUCUCUUUCACUCUCUCACUCGCUCUCUCCGUCACCCCAACAAAAGAAAGGCUUGUAGUUUUGCCCGUUGAUUCCACGUUGGUAGCUGCGUAGCUGGAAUGCAUGUCAUCGCCUACCUAAUCCACCUUUUCCGAUGCAGACUGACCGGACAGAGGCUGUAUUUAAACGGGGGUGCCCAUUUUUAUGUCCCCUUGUGAUGUUACUAAUGUACUGAGAGUUGUGUCCGUGAUGCUCUGAUACACGAAUCCCCUUGGCUUAGACCUUUUGCCAGGACGGUCCUCAGGUGGAGUUGUUGCAAUUGGAUCGGACACGUUUUGCCUCAUUACUUCCAUCCACCUUCCCAACGCAAGUCAUUUUGAAUUAUCGUUGCUUCCCUGGUUGUCCCCCUUAUUUUAUUUUUCAUUUUGUUUGUUUUCUCUUUAAACAGCUGUUUUAAGAUAAAAACGCUCAAGAGAGGAGCUCUCUUCUUUUAUUUGGGAAAGUUUCGACGCUGUAUGCUAAAGCAAUCAUCAGGACUUUACCGAACGCCGCUCACCGAUCAAGCCCACGAUACAGCGCCAGCGGAAAAUCUCAAUACGACUCCCUUUAAGUUCCUCGAGCGUCUUUUUAAAGAGGAUGUAGAUGUAGAGGCUAGCACACCGAAGCUCAACUUUUCCACUAGCUCGAUGUUUCUGGCUUUUGUUCCCUCGUUGUGGAAGCCCCACACCACCAAACAUGGCUCUACGCUUCCACAGUGACCUUCACAAAACGACCAGGAAGUGACUGUCCUGCUUUACGGAGCACAAAUCGUUUAUUUUGUACCAACAAUGUAUGCACAGAGUGUUUGUCUUUUUCCUCUUUCUGUCUCGCACCCUCUCCCUAUUUACGAGCAUCUUUUUUUGUACAUUUGGAAGUGGUUGUGUAGGACUUUGUUGGUCUAGCCUAGAAAAACCUUAAAGAGAAAAGAGACAAAAAAAACAAGAUUUUUACUAACAUUUGUAGAGUUCAUCAUCUUUUCCUAUUGCUUGUGCAUAACUAUGAUAGCUGUUGUUUGACCUCAUGUAGAUCUAGUUAGUUUUACUGGGUGGUGAAAUCAAAAUUAGAUGUUCAUAUGGAUUUAGGUUUUGUAACCUGCUUGUCUGAAUACAGAUAUUAUCCGAAGGAUCCCAUUUGGUAAGAUCUGCCUUGGAACGACUUGUGGUUUUAGGAGUAACAGGGUGAGUGUUCGCCACGACAGUGUGGACACAGGCAGAUAUCUUCUGUAUAAAGAGCUUUUGAAUUUCAACAUCUGCAGAUAUCAUCAGUGGCAUGUUGGUACCAUGAAGAACCAGAUUUAGUUUGUGUGUGUGUGUGUGUGUUUUGCAGUAUUCUCACAAAUCUCGCAUUCAGAAUGCACUUGCAGAUCCAUUCAUCGUCCAAAAUGUAAAUGAAACGGGGUUGAAGUGUAGAGAAAAACGGACGUCGACCCCGAUGGAAUGGCAUAAGGGGAGGUGUUUCAGUUCGGCUCAUGUGAUUUGAUCCAGAGCUGCCUGUUUUUUUUUUUUUGUUUUUUGUUUUUCCCGUGGAGUGGCUUUUUUACGUUCUCAACUUUUCUUUUCAUAUUAAAUUGAUGUUUUAUGGGCUAAACAUUUGAUGUUGUUAUAGCCCGAGUCAAGAAUUGGCCAAAUUGUGCAAUGGGAAAAAAGAAAAGUCUCAGUUUUGAGUCUAAAUCUGUUCAUAUUUUCAAGAAAAAAAGAAAAACACCACUUAUAUGCAGUAUUGUAUUAAGAAGUUAUCUUACAAGGAGAGAGACUGCAUACUUUUAGAGGUGGCUUUGUUUCACAUCUUUCAGACACUCAUGGAAGAAAAUGCUUCUCGGUUGCGGUUUGGUUGCUAUGGUAAACAUUUUGCCAUGCCUAGCAACAUGCACCCCCGACAAACAAGACAAACUCAGCUUCUCUAUUUCAUUUCUGCUUCAUUUUUGAUCCCUGGACUUUAAUAUGAGAGACGAAAUAUGGACAUUUAGUUUGAACUAUAUAUUUUUCCUUUUUUUUUAAUUUUUUUUUUUUAACUCAUGUCAGAGUAAAAUGACUAAAGAGUCUGAGAAUCUCAAAUAAACAUGUAUAAGUGUGCUUCCAUUAUAAUUAGAAAUUCUGCUUUUUUUUUUUUUUUUUUUUUGUGAGAAUUUUACUAAUUUUUGGAUUCCUGUUUUUUCCCCCCAUGUCAAUAACAGAGAUGCCCAUCUGGAGCAGGUAAUACAUGCUAAAAAUGUGUUUGGGUUUGAAGGGAGUUGUUAUUAUUAUUAUUAUUAUUAUUAUUAUUAUUUCAUUUUAUUAUUUUAGUGGGUGGGGUGAAAUAAAUUAUUACAGUGUGUCCUUUGUGUUUUGCACCCAUAAGCCCCCAGUGCUUACACACGCGCACAUCUAGGGGACAGCAGUUAUUAAUGUUGUGGUCUCCAGCUGUUUGUUUGCCAGAGAGAGAGAGAGAGAGAAAGAGAGAGAGAAAGAGAGAGAGGAAGAAGAGAUGUCUUCCGGCUGCUGCCGUGGCCUCAGAGGCUCCCCCUGCUGGCCCUCUCAGCCAAUGGCAUCGCGUCUCGCAUUUGUGUUGAACUCUCCAGUGCACUUUGCAUGCGUCCGGUGUAGAGUCCAGUCUAGUUCAGUCCUGGCUGUCUACUCCUUUAGUCCCUUAUACCUGUGCUUCAAGAGGGUGCUCAGACAUGGGGCUUAUGUGGGCACACAGCAUGGAUUUUUUUUUUUUUUUUUUUUUUUAUAAAUAGUAUCUGUAUCUAGUACCUAGUGUGUGAUACGCUGAUUUAAAAAAAAUAUUUUUUUUUUUCUUUUACUUUUUCUUUUCUUUUAUUUUUUUAUCCCAGGUUUUAUGGUAAUUUGCCCCUUUUAUUUCCUUAUCCAUUAAUCUUACACACUAUUUUUGCCAUUCUUUUUUUUUCUUUUUUCUUUUGCAUUGUGAAGUGGGCAUGCCUGUCACAAAGACAAAUGCUCUUUAUCUAUAGGAUUAUAAUCUCUUAAAUAGCUGUGUACAGUAAACUGUAAUAACUUCUUUUUUUAAUAAAAUAUUAAAUAUGUGUACA